UACGGCCUAUUUUUUGCUUUUCUUAAGAAAUAUAUAUAAUUCGUAUUUUUAAUUGUAUAUACUUUAUAUUUUAAUCUUUACUCCUAGGUUUCAUGCGCAAGAACGAAAGUGAAAAGGUGGAGCGUUCACUGCGCGAUAUUGGCAUCGAUUUAAUCGUCCGAAAAGAAGGCUACACGUUCCUUAAAAGCACUACGCAAGUCAAGAGGACCGGACAGUACUCCGUGGUGGAAACGCCUAUGUUAUGUCAGACAUAUAAUCCGGAUGAGAAACGCAAAAUAAUUGGUGAUAUAUUCGUCAAAGUGACCAACGAUGUAGUAGCCGAAUUAAAACUAAAGCCCGAGGAAGUUAUGUUGGCUCAGGGAACCCUCCGACCAGAUCUAAUCGAGUCCGCCUAGAACAUGGUGAGCACGAAUGCAGAAACAAUCAAAACGCACCACAAUGACACGGAUCUGAUCAGGAAUGUGCCUACAAACCACGUAACAAACAAAAUCAAUUAAUUUACGUAUUUUUAGUUAUAUACAAAAAAUAUAUAUAUUAUAUACAUAUUAAUAAAUAAUUGCAAGAUAACAAAUUGUAUAUUUGCUAGAGAGGAAAGUGUUUUCGUGGCAAAAGGCAUAAACAAAAGAUUGUAAGAAUACGAAACAAAAAUAUUGUAAGCUAAAACUAUGAAUUGUUAUAUAAAACGUCUAUAUUAAAAAAAUGGCAAAACCAGAAAAACAAAAACCAUUAUGAUACAAGAAA